AUGCAGCUCAAAAAACGAUCGCGCUCGAAGAAAGGGAUAAGAAAUUCGUCGAUAGAGAGAGACAAUGGCACGAGCCCUAAGGUGAAAAAGUACUGGAUUCAGCGUUACGACCUCUUCUCGAGAUAUGACGAAGGUAUCGAAAUGGAUGAAGAAGGGUGGUACUCUGUGACUCCUGAAGAAAUCGCCAUCAAACAAGCUGAGAGAUGUCGUGGCAAAGUCGUCAUCGAUUGCUUCUCAGGCGUUGGCGGCAACACUAUCCAAUUUGCUAAAGUAUGUUCAUCUGUAAUUGCUAUCGACAUUGAUCCGAAAAAGGUCGAAUUGGCAAUCAACAAUGCAAUGGUUUAUGGAGUAGCUGAUAAUGUGGAUUUUGUCGUUGGUGAUUUCAUCAAAUUAGCUCCAUCUCUCAAAGGAGAUGUAUUGUUUCUGUCGCCACCAUGGGGAGGUCCAAUGUAUAACAAAGUUGAGAGCUUCAAGAUGGAUAUGCUCCAACCAAUAGACGGGUACUCAUUGUUUCAGAUUGCACAGUCCAUAACGCCAAACAUCAUAAUGUUUCUACCUAGAAACGUUGAUUUAGAUCAAUUAGAAGAGCUAGCUUGGCUCUCCUCGCCUCCUCUUACUCUCGAGAUUGAAGAAAACUGUGUUGGAGGCAGAUUGAAAGCAAUUACGGCUUAUUUUAGUUACAAUGCGGUUUAG